AUGGAAUUUGAUGGAAAUGAUAUUUUUGAUUCUCAAGAUUUUUUAAUUGGAGAAGAACCUGAUACGGAAUUUCAAUUUUCUGAAGAAAAUGACAUUCAACCACUGACUGAUCAAGAGGAAAUCAAUUCCAGUUCAUCAUCCGUUUCGUUAUCGAAUGCUGAGCAUUCCACAGCUGAUAAAAAUAAUGAUGAAUCGGUGCGUUCUAGAAUGGGUGACCUUGCCUCAAACAAGGCGGGGUUACAAGGAAUUAAUAAAGAAAAAGUUAAUCAAGUUAUUUACGAAGCUUCAAAGAACUCAGCGUUCUAUCUCAAUGAAGUCAGAAAGGACGAGGCUCUAAAGCACAAAACUGAACAGCUAUUAAAAAAAUACGAAGCUCUCAGAAGACAAGAUUUAUCUAGUUUUGAUAAUAAAGUUAAUAGUUUGGUGCAGGCUAUUGAAUGUAAGAGGGACUUAUCUCGCAUAAUAGUGCACAUUGACAUGGACGCUUAUUAUGCGGCAGUCGAAGAAAGAGAUAAUCUUUCUUUGCGUGGCAAACCAAUGGCUGUUGGAAGUAAUUCUAUGUUGAGCACAUCGAACUACGAAGCCAGACGUUUUGGUGUACGUAGUGCUAUGCCAGGUUUCAUUGCUAAAAAGCUAUGCCCAGAACUUAUUAUAGUUCCAUGUAAUUUCGACAAAUAUCAUGCAGUUGCGAAGCAAAUACGUGAGGUUUUUGCUCGUUAUGAUCCAAAUUAUACUCCAAUGAGCUUGGACGAAGCAUACUUAGAUAUUACAGAAUAUCUUAAAACAACUGAUAAAACACCCGACGAAGUAGUUGAGCAAAUCCGGAAAGAAAUAUAUGAAGAGACAAAAUUGACAGCUAGUGCAGGUAUCGCCGCUAACAUGUUAUUGUCUAAAAUAUGUUCUGAUCUUAACAAACCAAACGGGCAAUAUCGACUUCCAAAUAAUAUUAAUGAUAUCAUGAGAUUUAUUCGACCUCUUCCUGUUCGUAAAAUCCCUGGUAUUGGUCGAGUCACUGAAAGAAUUUUGAAGGAUAUAGACAUUAGCACAUGUGGUGCAAUACUCGACAAUAAAUAUAAACGGAAAAGUAUGAGCAUAUCAAGCAUAAGCCAACCUAAUGACUUAUUAGCUAAACUUCGCGAAUUAGUUGAUCAUCUUGCUGCUGACCUUGCUAAAGAAUACCUCCACGGAAAAACUAUUGCGUUAACAUUCAAAUCUGUUAGUUUCAAAGUGACUACGCGCGAAAAAUCUCUUAAAAGAUAUAUAUAUAAGGCUGAUGAUUUAUAUCAUUUUGGAAAACAAAUAUUAGUGCAAGAACUGCCCUUAAAUAUAAGGCUUAUGGGUGUUCGAAUAUCUAAUUUACGCUCACGCAAUGAUGAAUGUGGACUGAAUAAACAAAAUCCUCCAAAACAAUCAACAAUUCCUAAAGUGUCUGAACUUGAACCACCAAGAACAUCAAAACCUGAGAGUAGUUGUUUGAAAAGGUGGUUUUCGACACAAGAAGAUACGAAUGACCAGGAAAAACAAACUAAAAAACAACGUCUUAACAUUGAACCAUUUGGAACUUCGAAUGCAUCAAACCAUAAUUCCGCUCGAAGAAAUGUAGUCGAACAAUUGACAGAACGUGAAUCUACCACAACUUCUUGUACUUUAACUCAGGAAACCAGUGAAAAACAUAAAUGGUAUCCUGUACCAACUGUUCUUAAGCAAUAUAUUUGCCCUGGUUGUAAUAAACAGUUUCCAAAUGUAAAAGUUUCUCAAAUUAACGAACAUCUGGAUACAUGUUUAAAUGCUGAAGAUAUAAUUGAUAGUGAUUUUGAACAAGGUGUAAUCUAUUCAAGCUAUUUUGUACAAAACGAACAAGAUGAAUUAGACGAACGAAUUGAACAAGACGAACGAAUUGAACUAGACGAACAAAUUGAACUCGACGAACGAAUUGAACAAAAUGAACAAAUUGAACAAGAUGAACGAAUUGAACAAGACGAACAAAUUGGACAAGACGAACAAAUUGAACAAGAUGAACGAAUUGAACAAGACGAACGAAUUGAACCGGAAGAACGAAUUGGAAUAGUUGAACCUGAAGAUACAAAUAGUGAAAUUUAUGAAUCAGAUAUUCCUGAAAACUCCGAAAACGACCCGGGCCUUCAAAUGACGAGUAUUGAUUGGAAAUGUCCAAAAUGUGAUAAAAUCUUUAAAAAACCCACAAACAUGCGCAUAAAUUCACAUCUUGACAAUUGUUUAAAAACAAAUAAGAGGUAUGUUGAAAUAAAAUGA